ACUAAACGCUGGACCUUCUGGAGUUCUUUCCUAGUCUUAAAGUUCUUGAACGGAUCAGCGCUACUGGAUAUUUGGCUCGAAAGACUCGACCACGGAUCCGCACGUAGCUACACUACGAAAAGUUGUCGACAGGCGAAUAAAGUGUGAAACUUCUCACCUCUCGAAGAAACGCUUUUUUGACAGCUGUUAGGCGUGCGUGCGUCUUCAGCUCCAGCGAAAUAUUACGAUCUUCGAAAACCUAGACGUGGAGAGUACUUCGACCAACACGACUUUAAUUUUACGUUAAUAAUAACAAUAUAAAAAAGCUUUCUUUCUUUUGGACAGAAUUUGUCAUGUAGUUUAGACCGCUGAAAUGCAGCAGGAGCGGCUUCUCAAAGUCCUAGUCAUUGGAGAUUUGGGUGUGGGGAAGACUUCCAUCAUAAAGCGAUAUGUGCAUCAGGUUUUUUCUCAACAUUACCGCGCGACAAUCGGUGUUGAUUUUGCUCUAAAAGUCCUGAAUUGGGAUCACCAGACAGUCAUUCGACUGCAGUUGUGGGACAUUGCAGGGCAGGAGAGGUAUGGCAACAUGACACGUGUGUACUACCGAGAGGCCGUGGGGGCACUGGUGGUUUUUGACCAGACCCGCGCCUCCACCUUCCAAGCAGUGCUGAAAUGGAAAAAAGAUCUUGAUUCUAAAGUUGCCCAUGGAAAUGGGCGUCCCCUACCAGCUGUCCUGCUGGCCAACAAGUGUGACCAACAGAAAUAUGGUUUGUGUUCCCAACUGCCCAAACUCGAAAGUUUCUCUAGGGACCAUGGAUUUGUGGGGUGGUAUGAGACUUCUGCGAAGGACAACACGAACAUUGAUGCAGCCAUCAUGUGCCUUGUAGAAAAUAUAAUGGCCAUUGAGGAUGUUCCUGUGGAAACGGACCCUGGUGUACUGAUCCUGCCUGCUUUUGAUUAUAAUCUAAAAGAGCGCAGUGACUCUAAAUGUUCUGUCUGCACAACAUUCCAGUCCAGCAAAAACCCACAGUGAAUUAUAGGCCCAGAACUCUGAACUACCUGCAGUAAUGGACAGUGACAUGCUCAGUGAAUUUGCUUACCAACCGGGGCCAUCGUACCUGAGUCUGAUCCUGUUGGCUCUGACCGUGGGACUGUCUGGCAGUGUUUACGUCUGCGUGCUGCGGUACAUUUGCACUGGCUGCUUCCAGCCUGUAGUUGUUGGACCUGAAGACGAGAGCAUGUCAGGAGUGGUGUGAUAACAGCUUUUGUUUGAAAUAGUGUGUGUGUUCAUGACUGUGAGUUUAGUUUUUGUGCUGGAGCACUUAUGUUGGUCAUCUUGAGUAGUUUGAGCAGACGUUCAUUUUCAGUGCAAGGCUUUGCUGUAAUUGGCACAACCUUCAUUUUUUCCCUUUAUUUUCAAACUAAAACAGCAAUGUUUCAUUUAGACAUCUCGGAGAAUCUCUGAUUGAUGAAAUGUUGCAGUUUUAUUUGAAAAUAAAGGGAAUGGGCCUUGUUGAACAGUGUGCAGUUUUUCCCUCAUUUCCUUUCAUGUCUGUUUUGGAUGUGCAUAUUUUUGCCUUUUGUAUGAUUACACAUUGGUUGAGAAAAAUCCCUGAAUACGAUGUUUUUAUGUUCCCAUAUUUCUUAUGAAACACUUAUAAAUCAUUAUUUUUCAUUAUGUAUAUAAAGAGUUUAACACAUCUUAAGGACAUCAGAAUUUUAAAAGUGUAAGAUAAUAAAUGGCUUGUCACUUGAGAUAAAAGCAUCUGGCAAAUGCAGGCUCUAAAGCCUGACUGUAUGUUGGCAGUAAAAGCUUUCAUUUAGCAUCCACGGAGUCAUGCAUUUGACUAUACUAAUGACGCAAAUGUUGACUGAAUGAGAGGGAGAAGUACACCAUUUUAGCAGGCUUUCCAUGCUCUCUCAGUCAAGAGAUCUCACUCACAAAUCCUCUCCUUGUGUUUUUUAUGACACAAUCUGCAGUACCACACACUGAACCUUAAAUGAAUGUAUAAAGAGCUUUUGUAAAAUCAAUUCUGAAGCAAUUUGGAAACCAAAUUUUCUAAUUUCUUGGUUCAGAUAUUUUAGUUAUUUUUAAAGAUUUAUAAGGUGAUGCAGAACAGUUCUAAGAAUAAAAAAUUCAGUGCAAUUUUCUAUUACAUUUAUAAGCAGAACCAUAUUGUGUUUUUUUCCAUGUCAACAUCUCUUGUUUAAAUAAGUAGGAUGCUCCCUGAGGAAGUGAUCAGUUGCAGAAACCGUUGCCAAGGGCUACUGCUGGAUCCAGUUGCCAUGGAAAUAGUUCCAUCUGUUUUCCUCUAGAUGGGGCUGUCACAUCAUCUGCUGUCACAUAAGCAGACUAGAUGUUAAUUCUGCAGACCAGUUUAACGUUUUGUGUUUUUCCAGUGUCAAAAAUAU